UGUAUGGACUAACAUCAAUUGAGAAUGGAGAAAGGAUUCGAUGUAGCUGAUGUGCUCCUAACAUCCAACUAGAAAGUAUCCUAACAGAUCAUUCAGGAGAAGUAUUUGUGUGGCAUAUUCUUCGUAUUGUUUGAAAGGAAAUUAUCGUAUUUUUGCCGUUAGACAAUGGCUUUCUGGCUCCUUGGAGGAAUUACAGCUGUCCUUCUGUCAGUCUGUCUGUCUGUGAAUGAGUGGUUGGCGAGUUUUGGAGUACAGUAUUAAUAUGGGGUCAGCAAGCCACGUGACUCAGCAAAAGUUUUGCAAUUGGCUUCGAUUUCUUGCGUCUUGUGAUGGUGCUUUGUGUUAGGCCAUCGCCCCUGCUUUUAUAGAGCCGGCAGGGCCACUUUGGCAUUUCUUGUCAGCUGUGUCCGACGAGUCCAGCUUGAUGUUCCUGUCAAGCCUCAGGAUGGUCAUCUUUGGCCCCGGUGCUGCUUACGCCGCUUGCACAGCCGGAUGAGCCUGACCUGGAGUCGAAGAUGAACUGGGGAACCUUUUAUGCCGUGAUCAGCGGUGUAAACAGGCAUUCCACCGGCAUCGGACGCAUUUGGCUCUCCGUCAUCUUCAUCUUCCGCAUCCUGGUGCUGGUGGUUGCCGCCGAGAGUGUUUGGGGCGAUGAGAAGUCCGGCUUCACCUGCAACACCCAGCAGCCCGGCUGCAACAGCGUCUGCUACGACCAGUUCUUCCCAAUCUCACACAUCCGGCUGUGGGCUCUCCAGCUCAUCCUGGUGUCCACCCCGGCGCUGCUGGUAGCCAUGCAUGUGGCCCACAGGCGACAUGUCGACAAGAAGGCCCUGAAAAAGUCGGGCCGCGGCAGCCCCAAGGAGCUGGAGCACAUCAAGAACCAGAAGUUUGAGAUCACAGGAGCUCUUUGGUGGACAUACAUGAUCAGCAUCGUCUUCAGACUCAUCUUUGAGGUGGCGUUCCUCUACGUCUUCUACUUGAUCUAUCCUGACUUUAAAAUGGUGCGACUGGUGAAAUGUGACUCGUACCCUUGCCCCAACACGGUGGACUGCUUCGUCUCCAGACCAACAGAAAAGACGAUAUUCACAGUGUUCAUGUUGACCGUGUCCGGAGUGUGUGUGCUGCUCAACCUGGCCGAGGUGAUUUACCUCAUUGCGAGGGCCUGCAAACGGUGCCUGAAUCGCCCCGAGGAUGAGGCCAAAGCAGCUUGGAUAACUCAAAGGUUGUCUUCAUACAGACAAAAUGAAAUCAAUCAGCUGAUAGCAGAUCAUUCGCUCAAGUCGAAGCUAACUGUGACCAAAAAGAGCCCGACCGAAAAGGGCGAGAGGUGUUCUGCCUUCUGAAGUUUUGUGAAACUAAUAAAUCAUGCCUGUAAUAUGGUAUUUUCUGCAUUAACGACACCUUAACUGUAUAUUUCUUUAUUUUACUGUUUAUAUAUACAUAUAUAUAUAUAUAUAUAUGCAUAAUAAAAUCAUUUACUUGUUUCUUUUUUAUAUUCACUUAACUGUGAUGCUUUUUCUUGCCUAAAUCAUCUCCAGCAUAUUAAGACGUAGCAAUGAUUUCUUACAAAUCCGACACCACAAUGCGUUAGGUUGUGGCGCUCUGUGUCUCUCACUUGUUCCCACACGAGUUGACACUGUGGGAAACCUGACUGAUUUAAGAAAACCAUAAGAAUUUGUUUCGUUCACGGCUGCAUAUUUGUUGCAUGACGGAGCAUUAUAAGCAGGAUGCAUUUGAUGGGCUCUUGCAGGUGCAGUUGGUCCAGGCUCUCAAAGCUUCCAGUUUACUGCCAGCAUAGUUGUGUAUAUAUGAGCUGUGAAAUAGAGGGACUUCUUCCAGAACACAAAAAUCUGGUAAAAAGUAGAUGCUGUGGAACAUUUACAUUGUAAAUGUAUCACUUUGGAAGCCAGUCCUCGAUCAGUUUGCACAUGAGGGUAUAGUACAGCAGACUCUGUAAUAUUUUACUUUUUUUUUUUUUGACACUUGUAAGGUUACAAAACUACAACUAAAAAGUUCUAAAUAAGGAUGAACAUCACUAGAGCAAUCAUAAGCCAGAUGAGGAAAUAUGCUUUUAUUUGUAAUAUUUAUUGAUGCCUUUAUAUAAUCUGGUGCAAGUGUUCGGAGACAAGGCUGUUUACUCUCAAUGAAAAUGUCUAACUUUGUGUAGAAGCAGCUGCAUACCUUAGAUUGUGUUUAAAAAAGAAACAACUAAUUAUUGCUAAAAAUUCAGGUGGGGUGUAGUCUCGGUCAGACUCGUAUAACAAAAAAAAUAUGAUAUAAAAAGCUCGAAAAUGGCCUGUAAAAUGAACAUGUCAUAUAAAUAAACCACAUUUUGACAAAAUGCUUUUAAUUAAACACAGGAUUUAUUCAUAAAAAUUAGAACAUUACUUUUAAUGUUUUAGUUCCCCCGCCCCCCACCCUCCGGGUCACCCUUAGUUGUUAUGCUGCUGUUCUGUAAAUAUUCAUCUAAGAAAACUCCUUAUUUGGAGCCGGCUUAGUGUGUUAGUAUUAAUUAUUUGUGAGGUAAAAUAAACAAUCUGUGAUAUAGGGUUAAUAAAUACAAUAGCAAUGAUUUUUUGCUCUUGAAACCUUACUUGACCAUGUUGCAGGUCAUAAACUAAUGGGAUCUGCUCAAUAAUGUGUGCAGCAACCAGGCUAACUUCAACUAGAAGGGUAAGUUGAAGUAGUUCUGCUCUGUUAAAUACUCAACAUUUGAACUGGAAAUUUCAACUUCUAAGUAAAAAUUAUUAUCAACGAACAACAAUUUAUUUAAUUUCUCUUAUGACCAAACAAACUGAAAACGUCAAAGUUUAGUUAUACUAAUGUUUAAAAAUUACUUGUAAAUAAAAUUAAACUUAAUCAAAUUUAGCAUUUCCUGAGGUGGGUGUUGCUUUCUUCUUGACUCGAGUAAAUGUUUGACGUUGACCAGCUUUUCAACAGAUCCUGAUUAGAACGUGCAUCUGUGUAUUGCUUACUUUGCGUCAGUCGAGGUCUGACAAUUUCAUGUCAAAAGACACCAACAUUGUUUUCACGUUGUUGUUGACUCAACACAUUUUUAUGCUCUCAAAUGCAUGUUUGUUUACAUGCAUAAACGCACCGGUUCACACCCAGGUAAAAACCCUUCACGCAGUAUGUUGGGUUAUUACGCACUGUGUAAUAAAGAAACAAACUACCUGAUCAA